AUGACGGACCAGCACACGGGCGACGAGGCAGCAAUGCCGAGUCAAGACGACGAGCAGCUGCUUGCCAUGGGACAUACCCCGCAGCUCCAUCGUAAUUUUUCCUUCUUGUCGAUGUUGGGCUUGGCGUUCGCCGUCCUCAAUUCGUGGACCGCGCUCGCGGCGUCGAUCUCGCUGGCGCUGCCCAGCGGAGGGUCCAGUGCCGUGGUUUGGGGGCUGGUCGUAGCAGGCAUUUGUAAUUGGUGCCUCUCCGUGUCCUUAUCCGAGUUCCUCUCUGCUUUUCCUACCGCCGGCGGGCAGUACCACUGGGUCGCGUUUGUGUCGCCGCUGGGUUAUCGACGCAUCUUUUCAUGGAUUACAGGGUGGAUCAACGUGGGUGGAUGGAUUGCAUUGAGCGCAGCAGCAGGACUGCUGAGCUCUCAGCUCAUUGUGGGCAUGAUUGCACUGUACCAUCCCUCGUACAAGACGGAGCGGUGGCAGCAGUUCCUCAUCUAUAUUGGCUAUGCGCUGUGGAGCUUUACAAUGAAUGCAUUCGGUACCAAAGUCUUGCCUGUUGCCAACAAAUUCAGCUUUUUCUGGUCCAUCUUGGGCCUCGCCGCGAUAUGCAUCACGGUGCUCGCGACCAAGUCGCCCGAUUUCGCGGACGCCAAGUGGGUGUUUGGCAACUUUAUCAACAAGACAAGGUGGCCCAAUGGCAUUGCAUGGCUCAUGGGCCUUCUCCAAGGAAGCUUCGGCCUCACAGCCUACGACGCGGUCGCCCACAUGAUUGAGGAGAUUCCCAACCCGUCCGUCCAAGGACCGCGCAUCAUGAACGCAAGUAUUAUCGUGGGUAUUCUUACGGGAUUCAUCUUUCUCGUGGUGCUCAUGUUUGUCUCGGGGGGGCAGGAAUAUCUGGAAGAUGUGAUUUCUUCCCCGAUGACGCCGCUCGUUCGCAUCUUCAAAAUCGCAACGGAUAACAAUGCGGCAGCCGUGUGCUUGACCAUGUUUCCGUUGGUCUGCCUAGUCUUUGCGGCGCUGGGAUCGUCGACGACCUCGAGCCGCAUGACAUUUGCAUUCGCUAGGGAACAAGGACUACCUGGAUCCAAGUACCUUGCCCAUGUUCACCCGACAUUGAAACUCCCAUUGAACGCAUUGAUCCUCACUACGACGCUCGUCGUCAUUUUCGGCCUGGUCUUUUUGGGCUCUUCAAGCGCAUUUAGUGCGAUUACUUCCGCGGCGACCAUUGCGCUAAAUCUAUCCUAUGGUAUCCCUAUUGCCAUCAACUGCUGCCAGGGCCGCGCCAAGCUCCCUGACCGUGCGUAUCGGCUGGGGCCCGUGCUCGGCUGGACGGCCAACCUCGUGGGCGUCUCAUAG